AUGAAGUUCUUCGGUUGGAUGCCAAGCAAGCUAAAUGCAAGGCUGGGAGGCAACAACACGGGUAGCAUUUCAGCUCCUCAUGUUGUUGGUGUCAAGGAAGAGCCACCAGAAGAGUCCAGUGAUUGGCCUUCAGGGUUACUGGCGAUUGGUACUCUCGGGAACACCAACCUGGGCGAGAAGAAUCAGGAUUCUUGCCAAACAGAUGCUCCAGAAAAUCCAUCUUCAUCUGAUGAUCUGCCGGAUUUUACACCCGAAGAAGUUGGCAAGCUGCAGAAGGAACUCACCAAGCUCUUGUCCCGGAAGCCAGGAACUUCUAAGAGUCACAACGAGAUCGUGCAUCUGCCACUGGACAGGUUCCUUAAUUGCCCAUCGAGCCUGGAGGUUGAACGGAGAAUCAGCUGUUCCCAGUCCCACUCCGGGGAGCCGGGAACUGGGGACAGUGAUGAUAUCGAGAAGACCAUCAGCGUUAUAAUUGGGAAGUGCAGGGAGAUCAGUGCAGAUCGGAAGAAGAAGCCGGCGAUCGGGAAAAAAUCGAUAUCCUUCCUGCUCGAGAAGAUGUUCAUGUGCAGGAGUGGGUUUGCACCGGCUCCGAGCUUAAGAGAUUCACUUCAAGAAUCGAGAAUGGAGAAGGUUUGUGUUAAAUUCUUUACCCGAAUCACACUUGUUACUCUCCUUGUAUUGCAUUGAUCCCUCCAUCUUUGCUGCAGCUCCUGAGGAUACUCCUUCAGAAGAAAAUGUACCCACAGGGUUCAUCCCGAGCUUCUUCCAUUAAAAGAUACUUGGAUGACAAGCCCAAGCUAAAAGCAGGGAAGGAAGAUGAUGACAGUGAUGAUAUAGAUUAUGAUUAUGGGCGGGAAAGAACCGAGGAUAAGGGCAAAUGGGUCAAGACAGAUU